AGACAGUCCCCUGCAAUUUUUUAUUUUAUUUUAUUUUAUUUUUCUCUGAAUCAUAAAUCAUUGAUUCGAGUGAAUAUUCGAUAAACAAAGCUAGUAUUAGUAGGUUGCUUUUUGUGUUUGUGCCAAUUUUAGGGUUGUGGGUGAGUUGAGAGAUUGUAUUUACAUUAUUAUUGUUACAAUGUCAGGCAGAAAAGAAACAGUCUUGGAUUUGGCAAAGUUUGUGGACAAGGGUGUUCAAGUCAAGCUUACUGGUGGUAGACAAGUGACCGGGACCCUAAAAGGAUAUGAUCAGUUACUAAAUCUAGUACUGGAUGAAGCUGUAGAAUUUCUAAGAGACCCAGAUGACCCAUUGAAGACUACCGAUCAGACCAGGCGUCUGGGGCUAAUAGUUUGUAGGGGAACUGCUGUUAUGCUUGUUUCGCCUACUGAUGGUACAGAUGAGAUUGCCAACCCUUUCAUCCAGCCAGAUGCCUCCUAGAUAUGUGUAACUGCACCAAACCCGACGUUCUUCUUCACUUCAGAUCUGCACUCCGGAUUGACCUGCAAAGCCCCAAGAUCCAUACCCCCAUACUCUAAAGGCAUUACCUCACUCCCUACUAUACUUUGUGAUCUUUCUGAUGACAUUUUCUCAAACUCUGCACCAAGUAGGGGGGAGGAAUAAGU